AGCGCGAGACUCCACAGGCUUCCCUCUUCCCCUUUUCUCCCGGGGAGGAGGCGAGGAACUCCCUCCUCGCUCCGCUUUCCCGCGGAAGUUUGGCGGCGUGGGGCCGCCGUAGACGGGUGAGCUGCUGAUUCCUGUCCGGGUGGAUGCAGUUGCCAUUGUGUGUGCGGGCGCCUCGAGCUCGUUCCGCGUGUCCCCGCGUCCCCCGCCCGGGCCUGGGCCGCCAUGAGUGAGAAGGGGGAGCUGGACCUGACCGGGGCCAAGCAGAACACGGGCAUGUGGCUGGUGAAGGUCCCCAAGUACUUGUCACAACAAUGGACUAAAGCUUCAGGAAGGGGUGAAGUAGGGAAGCUGAGGAUUGCCAAAAAUCAAGGAAGAACAGAAGUAUCAUUUACUUUGAAUGAAGAUCUUGCAAGUAUCAAUGAUAUUGGAGGAAAACCUGCUUCAGUCAGUGCACCCAGAGAACAUCCUUUUCUUUUGCAAAGUGUGGGAGGACAGACGUUAACAGUGUUUACAGAAAGCUCAGCAGAAAGCCAGCCAGAAGAAAAAUCUGAGAACAGCAAUGCUGAUAAACUUUCAUUGGAAGGAAUAGUGGUUCAACGUGCUGAAUGCAGACCUGCAGCUAGUGAAAAUUAUAUGAAACUGAAAAGGCUACAGAUAGAAGAAUCUUCUAAACCUGUAAGACUAUCACAGCAAUUGGACAAAGCUGUAACAACCAAUUAUAAACCUGUGGCUAAUCAUCAGUAUAAUAUUGAGUAUGAAAAAAAGAAAAAAGAAGAUGGAAAACGAGCUCGGGCUGAUAAGCAGCAAGUGUUGGACAUGCUUUUUUCUGCCUUUGAAAAACACCAGUAUUACAACAUUAAGGACUUGGUGGACAUAACCAAACAGCCUGUGAUAUACUUGAAAGAAAUUUUAAGAGAAAUAGGCAUCUACAAUGUUAAGGGGACCCACAAAAACACAUGGGAGCUGAAGCCAGAAUACAGACAUUAUCAAGGAGAAGAGAAGAGUGAUUAAUGCAACUGUUAAUGAAGCAAACACAGAGGCUAUAGAAUAAUGGGACUGUGCUGAGGGAACACUGCAGUUAAACAGACUGUACUGAGCACAAUUCAGUACCAAGAGAUCUUAAAAAGAGUAAUACUUUGUAAUUUGCCUGGCUUCAUUUUUAAAAACAAAUUUCUUGGACGUUUCUAUACAUUUGUCUUGUUUUUGACAAAAAAAAUUACAGAAUAAACUUGUAUUAGAUUUAUCUUUAUUAGAAACCUUUUGAGUUUUGGCUUUAUUUUUUAAGUAGUUUUGAGUUUUGUUAAAUAUUGAUAACUUUAAAGUAAAACAUACUUUAGAGGGACCUGUAACUUUGUGUUUUGCAACCCAGCAGUACUGAGUUUUUUAUGUCCUAUUCUACUGUGUUCCUUAGGGGCCUGAUCCUGAGAGCGCUGAUCAUCCAUAGUUAAUACUGAUUGGGAGUUUAAGGGCACUGUGUGCUUUUCAGGAUCAGUCUUCAGUCAUGACACUCAUGGUGAUCCUAAGUCUUCCUGAGAACAAAUAAAGCUCAGUUUAAAAAAAGCUCUCUGCUAAACUGGUUAAUGGGGGAGAGGGGAAACCACUACAGCACAUCACUGAGGAAAAACUACUCUGGCCCCAUAAGUACAGUGAGGAACGAAUAGAUCUUUAGUAUGUUUGUUUUUUUUAAAUGUGAUCAUGUUUUGUGUGUAAGCAUAUCAAUAAAGAGAGCAUUUAAUU